CGUGGCCCAUCUUGACCUUGGCCUGAGAAACUUGCGGCCUCCACUGAGUGGGAUGGGGAGCUCUGGAGGCUUCCUGAGCGGGGGAAGCGAUACUGUCAGAUCUGAGUUGGAAAAGGACCCCUCUGGAUUUGGCAGAACCAGAGGAGUGGCUCAGCUGGAUUCCCCAGGUCUCAGCCGGAAGUCCAUGUGCAGAACCAACAGAGGCACGGUUGGUGGCUACUUCCUGGCGGGACGAAGCAUGAUGUGGUGGCCGGUCGGGGCCUCCCUCUUUGCCAGCAACAUCGGCAGCGGCCACUUUGUGGGCCUGGCAGGGACUGGUGCGGCGAGCGGCCUGGCUGUGGCUGGAUUUGAGUGGAAUGCUCUGUUCGUGGUGCUGCUUCUGGGCUGGCUCUUCGUGCCAGUGUACCUGACCGCCGGUGUCAUUACCAUGCCACAGUAUCUGCGCAAGCGCUUUGGGGGCCAUCGCAUUCGCCUCUACCUGUCCGUGCUCUCGCUUUUUCUGUACAUCUUCACGAAGAUUUCGGUGGAUAUGUUCUCCGGGGCAGUGUUCAUUCAACAGGCUCUGGGCUGGAACAUCUACGCCUCUGUCAUCGCCCUCCUGGUCAUCACCAUGAUCUACACUGUGACAGGAGGGCUGGCAGCGCUGAUGUACACGGAUACGGUGCAGACCUUCGUCAUUCUCGCGGGGGCCUUCAUCCUCAUGGGUUACGCCUUCCACGAGGUGGGCGGGUAUUCGGGACUUUUCGACAAAUACUUGGGGGCCACGACGUCCCUAACGGUGUCCGAGGAUCCCGCGGUGGGCAACAUCUCCAGCUCGUGCUAUCAACCCCGGCCCGACUCCUACCAUCUGCUCCGGGACCCUGUGACUGGGGACCUGCCGUGGCCCGCGCUGCUUCUGGGACUCACCAUCGUCUCAAGCUGGUACUGGUGCAGCGACCAGGUUAUAGUGCAGCGCUGCCUGGCUGGGAAAAACCUGACUCACAUCAAGGCGGGCUGCAUCCUGUGCGGCUACCUGAAGCUGAUGCCCAUGUUCCUCAUGGUCAUGCCGGGCAUGAUCAGCCGCAUUCUAUACCCAGAUGAGGUGGCGUGCGUGGUGCCCGAAGUGUGUAAGCGCGUGUGUGGCACUGAGGUGGGGUGUUCCAACAUUGCCUACCCGCGGCUCGUCGUGAAGCUCAUGCCUAAUGGUCUGCGCGGACUCAUGCUGGCGGUCAUGCUGGCGGCGCUCAUGUCCUCGCUGGCCUCAAUCUUUAACAGCAGCAGCACGCUUUUCACCAUGGACAUCUACACGCGCCUGCGACCCCGCGCAGGCGACCGCGAGCUGCUGCUAGUGGGACGGCUCUGGGUGGUGUUCAUCGUGGCUGUGUCGAUGGCCUGGAUCCCGGUGGUGCAGGCGGCUCAGGGCGGGCAGCUCUUCGAUUACAUCCAGUCGGUCUCCAGCUACCUGGCGCCUCCGGUGUCGGCGGUCUUCGUGCUGGCGCUCUUCGUGCCCCGCGUCAAUGAGAAGGGUGCCUUCUGGGGACUGAUGGGGGGCCUGCUGAUGGGUCUGGCGCGCCUUGUUCCCGAGUUCUCCUUUGGUUCUGGCAGCUGCGUGCGCCCCUCGUCGUGCCCCGCGCUCCUCUGCCGGGUGCACUACCUCUACUUUGCCAUCGUGCUCUUCGUCUGCUCGGGGCUCCUCACCCUCGUGGUCUCGCUGUGCACACCGCCCAUUCCACGCAAGCAUCUCCACCGCCUGGUUUUCAGUCUCCGGCACAGCAAGGAAGAGCGGGAAGACCUGGAUGCAGAUGAGCUAGAAGCUCCCACUGCAGCUCCUGUGCAGAACGGGUGCCCUGAGCACGCGCUGGAGAUGGAGGAGCCCCCAUCCCCAACACCAGGACUGUUCCGCCAGUGUCUGCUCUGGUUCUGUGGCAUGAGCAGGACUGGGGCGGGCAGCCCCCCAGCCCCUACCCGGGAGGAGAUGGCUGCAGGGGCCAGGCGGCUGGACGAUAUCAGUGAGGACGCGAGCUGGGCCCGCGUCGUCAACCUCAAUGCCCUGCUCAUGAUGGCCGUGGCCACGUUCCUCUGGGGCUUUUAUGCCUGAGGCCCACUGGGUGGGACACCGAGAGCCACAGCCCUGCGGGGAGGAGGGGUGGGGAGCCUGCCAUGGUGAGAAGGGCCUGGGGAAGGGGAGCUGGGGGGAAGGCCCUGGUACCCCUUCUUUAGCUUCUUUCUGCCUGGAGCCCAGUCCAUGUGACUGGUGCUCACUUCCUGUGAGGCCUCCGCCAACCGGCCACAGCAGCGCCUCUAAGCAAAAAUAAAGCUGCCUUUCCCAUGUGC